GAUCAUUUUAAUCCAAAAUAAAAUAAAAUUAGCGAGUUAGAGAUGUCUUUUAUGUUGUGUUGAGAUAUAUAUUCUCAAAAUUUAAGAUCACUUUUUAAACCAACUUUCCAUAGCCAAACGAGUUGCAAAUCUCUUGCUUCACAAUGACAUCUUACCAUGUUUCUCAUGAGUCUUAUCAACCACCAGGCCCGUCGCCACUAUACCAACCGGUAAUGGAGGCUCCACCUCCGCCGUAUCCACCAACAAGGACGAGGUUUCAAGACUACUACAGUGGCUACGGUCAGCUGCAUCCACCGCCACUGCGUCCAUAUAGAUCAGAUGAAUACUAUGGAGAAAGAGAAUAUGAGGGUUGCUUUCCUUUUAUCAGAAGCUGUUUGGCAACGCUAUGUUGUUGCUGGUUCGUGGAACAGUGUUGCUUUCCACGUCGUUACUAAUUUUUAUAUGAGAGAGCCACUCUCUAUGAUAUGAUCUACUUUUGGUUUUGGUCCUCUUUUAUGUGUUGUUGUAUUCUGCGAAUUAGAGUUCUUGUAUUGUUUAUGAAACAUGCAUGGACUUAUGAUUUGAGAAAAGAAAAAAAAAGUGUUUUUGAGUAGUUAUCGCAUCUAUUUGGAGAUCAAUAUAUAUUUCUCUGGGGGUCGUUUGAUAUCUUCA